CGCGCACCGCGUUGACGUAUCAGACAAUUUAUCGAGCAGUUGGUAUUUGGUAGCCAAAGUGAUAAGUUGUUUUUGUGAUUCUGUGAUAAAAAAAAUAUAUAGUUGUUAAAAUGGCGCCAAAUGUAAAAGAGUACUACCGGGGCAAAAAUAUUUUUAUCACCGGAGGUACCGGGUUCGUUGGGAAGGCUCUAUUGGAAAAACUACUUCGAAACUGCUCAGAAGUGAAUGCCAUCUACUUACUGAUGCGACAGAAGAAAGGAGUCAGUGCUGAAGAGAGACUUAAAGACCUUUGCAGUAAGCCGGUGUUCGAUAUGGUUAGAGAGAAGAAUCCUAGUAGUUUUAAGAAGUUGAUGAUUAUUAAUGGAGAUAUAACAGAGGCUGGACUUGGUAUAUCAGAAGAUGAUGUGAAAUUGCUGCAGAAGGAGUGCAAUAUUAUAUUCCACAGUGCUGCUUGUGUGAGAUUCGACCAGAAACUGAAAGAUGCAGUCAACAUGAACACAACUGGUACUCUGAGGAUGUUGACCCUUGCUGAGUCUAUGCAGAAUUUAGAGGUAUUUGUUCAUCUAUCAACAGCAUACUGCCGUUGCGAUUUAGAUGUUCUUGAGGAGAAGGUGUACACUGCUGUCCACAAACCACGGAAGAUCAUGGACAUUGUGGAGUGGAUGGAUGAUGAAACUUUAGCCUAUUUGGAACCUAAGAUAAUAUCAUCAGAGCCCAACACAUAUUCUUACACAAAAGCCAUUACAGAAGAUUUGGUCAACGAAUACUCGGGCAAAUUCCCCAUUGCCAUCGCCAGACCUUCCAUAGUUACUGCUGUUUGGAAAGAACCCAUUCCUGGGUGGGUGGACAACCUGAAUGGACCAACAGGCAUCGUCAUCGGCAGUGGCAAAGGUGUUAUUCGGACGAUGCACUGUGAACCAUCAUACAAGGCUGAUGCAAUUUCAGUGGAUGUUGUCGCCAAUGCUUGCAUUCUGAUAGCUUACGUUACAGGUUUGGACAAGCCAAAAGAAACUCAAGUCUACAACCUUACAUUGUCCGGUGUAAUUAACUUAACGUGGCAGGAAAUAAUAGAUUUAGGAGAAAAAUGGGUGAAUGAAUUCCCUUACACCAUGGCGCUUUGGUACCCUGGUGGAAGCAUCAAGUCCUACAGAAUCACCCAUCAAAUCGACAAGUUCUUCAGCCACCUAGUUCCAGCGUAUCUGGUCGAUGCUCUCCUGUUUUUACUGGGCAAAAAAACUUUCAUGAUCAAUCUUCAGAAACGGAUCAGCCAUGGCCUAAACGUCCUUCAGUACUACACAACGAAAGAAUGGCACUUCAGAAACAAUAAUUACAAGGGAUUAAGGAACCGCGUUACUCCAGAAGACAACGAGGUCUUCUACACCGAUGCCUCAACCCUGGACCCUGAUGAGUAUUUGAAGAACUACGUUCUUGGCACUAGGAAAUUCUGCUGCAAUGAGGAUCCUGCUAAUCUUCCCAGAGCGAGGAAAUUGCAUCGAAUUCGUUACAUGGCCGACCGCUUCUUCAAGCUUCUCUUCAUCUUCCUCAUCCUCUGGACCCUGUACAGCAACUCCCACGUCUUCACAUCAUCAGUGGAACUCCUGGACAACAGUCUGAAGAGUCUACCUCUCAUGAACCAAGCAAAUGCAGAGGAAAUAUCGAAUAUAGCUCUUUAGAACCUACUAGAUCGUUUUGUAGAUACAUUUGUUUUAAAUAACUAAUUUAACUAGCUUUAUACCAACGGCUCUGCCCGUGUUUUCGAGAUAAAUAAUAUACUAUGUGUUCAUUCAGCUCCAUGUCUAUACGUAUGCCAAAUUUCAUUGAAAUCCGCUCAGUAG